UAACUCCCUGACGGAGUCAUCCCACCCCAUUGUCACUCCAAUGAUCAGUGAGUGGAAAACUAUCCCAAUUUCCAGCACUUGUGACACCAAUCUCUGCUUCACCACCUGCAGUUGCUCUCAAUAAAACCUGCAAUUUCAUCCUUUAAUUUUCUUUCUCUCUCUAUCCCUCUAUCAACACCAAAUCUAAACAUUUUUCCUUCCAAUUUCUUUCUUUUGUUGGGUCAAUUGAAGGAACCCAGCAGGGGCUGCUUUCCUGAACUUGUAUGCCGUCGUUCACCUAAAAAUUCCGUUCAAUUCCCGUCUUGGAAAUUCGAAUCAGCUUCUGAAAUUGUCUGCAAAUACGUCUUGCUUUUUGAGAAGAAGGGUGAUGAGCUAAAAGAGACUGGAGAAGUCGCUUCAAGCGCUUGUAGCCCAUGUCUUUCUCUUCUCUUUCAUGCUUUUGCUCACUUUCAAGCUUGAUUAUGCUGUCACUUAUUUUUGGUGGUUCGUAUCUCAUCCUCUAUUUUUGCAAAAUUUCCCUUUCGUUGCCUAGGAAGUUGGAGAAAUUGAACAACUUGAAAUUUUGAGUCUUGUUUGGAGUGGUUGUGUGAAACUCUAAAAAUGCCCCCAAGCUGUUGGGUUUCUAAAUCCUUAUCUUCAACCUUUAAAUCCUUUCAUUUUCCCUCCCCUUCCCCAACACCAGAUCUGGGUUCCUUUGUAGGUUCCCACUUGCUCAACUUCAUGCUCUAUGCUAGUGAAACCAACGACGAUGAUGAAGAAGAGGGAGAUGAGGCUGCAGAUGAUUAGGAUGAUGAUGGAGGUGAGGAGGAAGAUGGAUCUGGUGAGGACAGUGAACAGAAAGAAGGAGAAAGGAAAGGAGAGAGAAUUGGGUUAGCAUGCAGUUCCAAGUGAAGAAUACAGAGAACUGGUGAGGACGAUGAAUAGCAGAGAACAUGAGGCUAACAGAGAUGCUAACGAAGUAAGGAGGUGUAACGAAGUGUGUAACGAAUGAUGUGAAUGUAUCAUUGUCUAUUAUUUUUCAAUUUCAACUAAAUUUUUUCUUUUUUAACUUAAUUUUUUGAGACAAGCUUGUUCCCAACUCCAUCUGUAUGUAGCACCCACAGCACUAGUUACAU